AUGGCCGCCUACAGACGCGGGGUGCUCAUCGGCAACUGGAGUGAGGACGCGUGUUUGGAGGAGGACCGCCUGAGGGAUUUCAUGAUUAAAAGGGAACGAGGAGAACUUUUAACACAGAAAAUAAGCAGGCUUCAGGACAACCUUUUAAAAAAGAAAGAGCUGUCGGUAUCCCAGGAUGGAUUUGUUCAUUUUGGAGACACUGUGAUGCUUCUGAACCCGGACAACAGAUCCUCGGUGGAGCGUUUCCCUGGAGUGUGCGGCAGUCUGGCUUUGGCAAUUAAUCUGGAUGGAAUACCCGUGUAUUUGGCCAAAUCACUGCAAGCCCCGUGUGGAGUUAGUGCGGUCGAGAGCCUGGACCCUGAGGGUCGAAAUGCUUUUUGUAUUUUAAGUGUUGAUGGAGGUGCAGUGGGUGAACCGGUGAGAUUUGGGCAAAACUUUGGUCUUGGGACAACAGGAGGGUUUUCUGACCAAAUGUUAUAUCUAGCAAGUGACCAUAAAUCAUUUAUAAGAUCUGCUAAAAAAUCUUGCCUUCAGGAAGUAUUUUUGACAGAUGAGCUUUCCUAUUUGAUUUGCUGGCAAGCUACCUUCUUGGAUCCACAGCUGCGUCUUGAAUAUGAAGGAUUUCCAGUUCCUGCAAACUCUAAAAUUAUUAUUACUCAUUGCCAUACUAAUCGGAGCUUAGCUGUUCCAAGGAACUUUUGGACAAGGUCUUAUUUUGGAAAAGAAUAUGAAGUAGUUUGUCACACGUACCUUGACUCCCAUAAAGCUGAAGAAGAUAAGAAUUACUGGGUAAUAGUUACUGGAAAUCCCAGCAGGGAGGACGGUACAAUGAUGGAUAGACCCAACCCUCACCCAAGCGGGAUCCGAAAGAAUGCAUUUCAUGAAGAGAAGUAG